AUGUUCUGAUGUUGUUGUGUUUGUAUUCAGGCUGCAGGAGGAUCCUCCAGCUGGAGUCAGCGGAGCCCCGUCAGAAAACAACAUCAUGGUUUGGAAUGCAAUAAUUUUCGGGCCAGAGGGAACACCUUUUGAAGAUGGAACCUUCAAACUUACCAUUGAAUUCACAGAAGAAUAUCCUAAUAAACCUCCAACAGUGAGAUUCGUCUCCAAAAUGUUCCAUCCCAAUGUGUAUGCAGAUGGCAGCAUAUGCUUGGAUAUACUUCAGAAUCGCUGGAGUCCAACCUAUGAUGUUUCUUCAAUCUUAACUUCAAUACAGUCUUUACUGGAUGAGCCAAACCCGAACAGUCCAGCCAAUAGCCAAGCAGCCCAGCUUUACCAGGAAAACAAGCGGGAGUAUGAGAAGAGGGUUUCUGCUAUUGUUGAACAGAGUUGGCGUGACUGUUGA